GUGUGUUUGUGAGGGAGAGAGGAGACGCUCACAGGCAAAUACUGGCAGAGAUUUCUCUCUUCACUGUGCUGUGAAGAACUAGCUGAAACUCACACUUCGUGUAGUAACACUGUGUUACUGUUAUCUCAACCAUGAGGAGCAAUCGGAGCAUCAUCUAGCAUUGACCCCGUCUAUCAGUUUACCUCAGGAACGAGAGAGUUGGCGAUACAUCUCCAUUCUGCGGAUGAUUCGUUUGCGUUCUGCAUUUCUCUUCUCCAUUGCAGAUGUGACGGGUGGGAUGAGUGAUUUUACACCUCGUUGGUUUCCACUGCAGCAUGGGAACUGCCGUGUCCAAGAAGAAGAAUUUAAGGAAUGAUGCGAUUUCUUCUGUUGCCGCAAAAGUUAGAGCAGCCCGUGCAUUUGGAGAAUACCUUUCUAACACGCACCCUGAGAACCGCAACGGAUCAGACCAUUUGCUUUCUGACACCUUUACUGGUCAAGACACGGACUCUCCAGACAUCAGCCGACUAAACAACAACAACAGCCUCCAGCCGUACUCCCAUCACAGUCUCAUAGUCAAACCCCUUCAAGAAGAGCUUCAGCCAGGUAGCCAGUCCACCGCUCUUUCUACUACCUCCAAGCGUCGUCUUUCUGCAGAACGCAGUCUUUCUUCUGAGGACCAGCAGAGGAGGUGCACAGAGAACUCGUUGAAACCAGCACGCGUCUACACUAUUACCAGAGAGCGAGAUAUGCUUGGCGGAAAGGGAACCGAGGAGAGCUUGGAACUGGAAGUGUUAAAGAGUACCGGCGAGCCAUCGCGCGCCAACGCUCCAGCUAACAUACGUGGCAGCCAUCAACGUGGAAACAAUAGCCACAACCAUCAACAUCACUAUGGCCACGCCCCUCUGACACAACCAUUGCAGACCUCAGGGAGCGCCCAUAACAUCCAGGACUGGGGAUCUAGGCGGAGCAGGUCAAGGGAGGACUGCACCCCAGAUUGUGUGGCCUGCAUUCGACCACACUGCCAGAGCCAGCGGUCUUUGGACCUUGAGACCUCAACAUCACACAUGAACAGUGGCAAGCAUCACAAGAAGCUGGAGAGGAUGUACAGUGAGGACCGAGGGUCAUCUGAGGACAGAGAGGAGCAUCCCAACAGUUGGUUCCCUAAAGAGAACAUGUUCAGCUUCCAGACUGCGACCACCACAAUGCAAGCAAACUUCCGAAAGCACCUGAGGAUGGUGGGCAGCAGGCGGGUUAAGGUCCAAACAUUUACUGAUCGCAAAGCGAAGAGCUUUAGCCGCUCCUGGAGUGACCCCACCCCUGUCAAGCCCGACUCUCUUCAUGACUCCAGAGACAGUGGAGACCUUCAGGCAUCAUCUGGCAAUCUGGAUGAGGAAGACUGUAAUGAUGUAGACUGGGAGGAAGAGAAGGAGAUGGAAAGAGCGGCCUGCGAGGGUGACGAUUUCAUCCCACCGAAAAUCAUGCUAAUUUCAUCCAAAGUACCAAAGGCAGAGUACGUACCGAACAUCAUCCGCCGGGACGACCCGUCCAUAAUCCCUAUUCUCUACGAUCAUGAACAUGCAACCUUUGAUGAUAUAUUAGAGGAGAUUGAAAAGAAGCUUGCCGCCUACAGAAAAGGCUGCAAAAUCUGGAACAUGCUUAUUUUCUGUCAGGGAGGUCCAGGCCAUCUGUACCUACUGAAGAACAAGGUGGCCACGUUUGCUAAGGUAGAGAAGGAAGAGGACAUGAUGCAGUUUUGGAAGAAACUUGGCAGAUUUAUGAGUUUAUUAAAUCCAGAGCCAAACCUCAUCCAUAUUAUGGGCUGCUAUGUGCUUGGAAAUGCUAAUGGAGAAAAGCUUUUUCAAAAUCUCAAGCGACUGAUGAAACCUCGAAUCAUUGAUUUUAAGUCUCCUCUGGAACUAUCGGCACAGGGUAAGGAGAUGAUCGAGACGUACUUCGACUUUCGCCUCUAUCGUUUGUGGAAGAGCCGCCAACACUCCAAACUUCACGAUUACGACGACCUUCUGUGACAUUCUGGCAUCGGUUUAAGAAGCCUGAGAGGCAGGUAGCUUAUACUUUAGGGCCCACGUGCCAACAUUCUCCCCAAAGAGCCUGGGCAAUGUCCUGAGGUGGAGGAUGGAGAAUGAUUAGGAUGGUGGCUGACAUUGGGAAAAUGUCCACCCUCAGAUGUAACAGGAAGGGGGUUAGGUGCCGUAUGUCCACCCCGUCCAUUUGAACAUUCAGCCAAUGAAUGAAAGAGGAACACUCGGUAGAUAACGCAAUCUUACCUUUUAGCCUUUGUUGAAGGUGUAGUAAAUGUUUUUCCAUUUCAGUGGGAUAAACAAACACUGCGAUAAGAAGAUGAAAAUAUAAGAAGUGUUUUUAUUUAAGGAACUAUUUUAAGUAGCUGUGUUUGUGGUAAACUAGCAGGAAUGGCGAAACAGGACUAAAGAUUAAUGUUAUUCACUACAAGUGCAGGUAACCUGUGGAACUACAUAUCUGUUGUUUUUACACAUCUACUCUAUAAAAUAACUACUGUAAUUUGAUGUUAGCAUAAUAAUAUUGCACAUUUUAGUUUUUGAAGUACAGUAAUGUUUUUCUAGGAUUCUUGAAAGGAAGAAAAACUCAGGUUUCUGUUUUUUUACUGACAUUCUUCUGUAGACGAGAGACAAAGAGAAUAAAAGAGAACAGGUAGGAGAGGAAAGAUUUGUUUUUUUACUCGAAAGGAAGAUGUUUAGUAGUUACCUGAGUGGGUUUGAACUCAUAAUUGAUAUCUGUAUCAGGGGCUUUGUGUAAGUUUUCUGUAGAUUAAGUUUGUGGAUCCAUCGUCUACAUUUCCAUGAAUUGUGUAAUCAUGUGUAAUGUUAAGGCUGUGCUUAUUAUAGAUUGAUAAGUUUUGUCCUGUGGUGUCCUCCAAUAUUUAAAAACUACAAAACGUUUUAAAUAUUCUAACAUCUUGAGCAGACAUUGAAUAAGACUUGAAAAAAAUAAUUUUGUUUAAAUAUAGACAACAGUAGAUGAUGAAUUUUGCUUAGAUUGCGUCAUUAUAUUUCUCUAGCUGUGUUUUGUCACGUGCAUUUAUGUAGUUAGUGUUAUUUCAAAAGCACUACUCAAUCUCUUUGGUCUUUAAUAGCAUUCCUGUUCUAUGGUGUUUUCUCUGUAGAUGGAGAAAAGUGAAUCAUAUCUCUCAUUAGUCAAAGUGCAAUAUUUAAAAUAGUAGUAGUAGUACUUAAUGUUACUGUAAACACGUUCAAAUAUCAAGGUUGGCGUUUCACGCUUGCUUUUUAAAAAUAGUAUACAAGAUAGUACACUUAGACUCUAAAGAAGGAGGAUAAUGUUCUCUAAGCUCUCGAAUUUGGUGUGUGGGUGUUUUUGGACGCCCCAAAUAGAUAACAAGAUAGAUUGGUAGAUGGAUGUUCUUUAAUGGUGGAUUUUCAAGUGCCAGCAGCUGGUACAAAAACAGUCCAAGACAUCUAACAACCGAGGAGAAAACAUUGCAAUAUCUGUUGGCAGCAAGCAGAAAAGAUAUUUACUACACGCCUGAAUUUGUGGGGUGGGUGUGCGCCUUUGUUUGUAAGAGUGGCGUUUGAGUUUAAAGAUGUGGAAAAGGGCACUGAGAUGUGAUUUCAUGCAUCUGUGUUUGCCUUGUGUUGAGCCACGGUACUCUUUUCAUCUUAUGCAGCCACCCAGGAAAUCAAAUAAAGCAUAAAAGCAAAUCUGUGUAUCUGUAAGUCCAUCAGGGGAAUGGAUUAUGUUCAGUUGUGAUAAGAUCAAAACAAUUCAGCCUUUACUGAGCAAAUCAAAGAUUUGUGCUUGUCUUUAUAAUGUGUGUAAUACAAUUGUUUCAUUACAUCAUAUAUUACAUAUGGUUCGAAAGCUUUGCGUUUUGCCUUUCAGGCUCAUUUAAACUCAUAAAACCAUACUAUAUAUAUAUAUAUAUAUAUAUAUAGUGGGGGUAAUAGGACUUAGCAUUAGAUUUAUAAAUCUUAUUGUCUUGUGUGUUGAGGCAUAAAGCCAAUAAGAAAUAAGUUUGGGGGAUCUUUAAGCCUUCUGGAUUUGUAAAAAAGGAUGAAAGGUCUAUAAAAAUGAAUGCUGCUCUUGCAAUAAGAUAUUUAGUGUAUGCCGUAUGUCCUUGUGUUGAUUAUGUCACAUGCAUCACUAAAACCUUUGAGAGCCACUUAACAUAUUCAUUACUAGGAGGAGCUUAAUACAUCAUCUUGAACUUUAAAACUAUUUUGUAGCAAUAGACAUUGUAACCUUAGCUGUAUUAUUUCUAGGAAAGACCGUACAGCUUGUUCUGUUGUCUGUAUCUUUGGAUGAUGAUUAUGUUUUCAGCAGCCUACCUUUUUGCAUAAUGAUGAGAGACUGAGAAUGCCAAAAAGCCUCGGUGAAAGCUUCAGGCAAGGUUUCUUUCGUAUUAUGAAAUAAUGAAUUUAUUACUUGUGAUGCUGUUAUCUGGACAUUAAUGAUUCCUGAAAUAUUAUAUUAAUGUUUAGAGAGAUGUAUUGAUUGUGCCCUUAGCAUUUUAUAUAGCCAAAACUUGAAAUAAGAGUUGAGCGUUCAGAUCAGGUUCUCUUUGGUUUGAUGAGGGACAGAAAACUUGCAGAUUUGUUUUAUGGCUGGACCAUGUUACACUACUUGAAAAUGUAAAAUGUUUUAUUUCAAGCCAUUGGAAUUUCUUCAUUUCCCGCAGCUCUUAAGGUGACAUCCUGCUGUUCGAUGUGAAGUUGUUGAUUACAUUUAAUGUGAAAUGAUUGACAGCAUCAUGAUUGCACAGUUGGACUUUUGGGCUCAUGAUGUUUUUGAAGAAAUAUGUUUUUAAAAGGACUUCUUUUAUUCUCCACAAAGCCUAAUGUGUGGAUCUGAUCACUAAGCAUUAAGCAUCUUCAGUAGCAAGUAUAAUAGUUUUAAUAGCCUAUAUUACAAUAAGUGUAACGACUGUAAACAUGUUUUCUUUGUCUGGCUAAAUUGCCUAAUAUUUGACAUAACAGUGUCUAGUUAAAAAACUAAAUUGAGGAAACUUGAGGAAAUUCGAUUCUUCAUCUUCUCAUUUUGUUACUUAAAAAUAUUGGUUGUAGUUUCUAACUCUUUAUUAGCUCACUAUUUACUGAAGUUGUAUUCAGGAAGAUCAUUUGCUGUAAAAUUUUACUUUAUGAAAAGGUUGUUUUUUUCCUUGUACAACCUCUUCACAGCAAUGAACACUGGAAAUGUUUCCUAAUAUGUUUCACAGUAAAAUGUUCCCAGUUUUAAGUGUAA